AUGGAUCAUGGAGGUUACGAAGAUGGCGUACCCAUCUCAAAUGCUUUCAACAAACAACCUCAUACCAUUGAUACCCCCAAACAGAGGAAGACUACUAAGUUUAUUCUUAGUAAAUAUACCAUCUAUGAGACUAAGGAGAGGAUGUACAUCGUUGGUAGUAACAAGAGGGAGACCAUGUUUAGAAUCCUUGAAAUAGAUUUGGGCGUUCCACAAGAUAAACUCAAUGUCCUCGAGGAUAAUGUUUUCUUCACUAGAAAUGAAAUUAUGAACGUAUUAUCGGGUUUGGAGGAAGCUAGUGAAGAAGGUUUACACAAAAAAUUGACUGGAUAUGGAUUAUUGGGGUUCAUUAGAUUUACUGCAUGUUACUAUCUGGUAGUAGUCACUAAGUGUAGUCAAAUAGCUGUGUUGGCGGGUCAUUGCAUAUACCACAUCGAUGAAACCCAGCUAGUACCAAUUUCUAAUAGUUACAGAAAACCUGACAAGUACAGCGUGGAAGCAAGGUUAAUCUCCACAUUUCAAAGUUUAGAUUUGAGCAAGACUUUUUAUUUUAGUAACACUUACGAUAUUACGAACACUUUACAGACCAAUCUCUUAAGGGAGAAGUUGAAGGCAAAGGAUAGAAGUGAUAUUUCUGUGCCUAGUGGUAUCUAUGAUUACAAUGAAAUGUUCAUGUGGAAUACUAAUCUUUUAGGGCCUGUGCUAGCUUGUAUUGAUACGGUUUACGAUUGGUUUCAACCAGUUAUCCACGGUUUCAUAGAUCAAGUUAAUGUCUCUGUACUGGGGAAAAGUAUCUACAUCACCUUGAUCGCAAGAAGAUCUCAUCAUUUCGCAGGUGCUAGAUUUUUGAAAAGAGGUGUCAAUAAUCAAGGUUAUGUGGCCAACGAAGUGGAGACCGAACAAAUUACAGCAGAUAUGAUUUUAACAUCUUUCCAUCGACCUGGCAACGGGUACUACGAUAGUGACCGAUAUACUUCCUUUGUACAACACAGGGGCUCCAUCCCAUUGUACUGGACUCAAGAGGCCUCCAACUUAACUGCAAAACCGCCAAUUCAAAUAAAUUCUGUGGAUCCGUAUUUCAGCUCAGCGGCUCUUCAUUUCGACAUGUUAUUUCAAAGGUACGGUACAGUACAAGUUCUAAAUUUAGUUAAAACAAGAGAGAAAAAACCAAGAGAGGUGAAACUGCUAAGGGAGUUCGAACAAUGCGUAACUUACUUGAAUCAGUUUUUACCGGAGCAUAAAAGGAUUGAUUACACCUCUUGGGAUAUGAGUCGUGCAUCAAAGCAAUACGGACAAGGCGUCAUCGAGUUUCUUGAAACUUAUGCUGCCCAAUCCGUGUCCAAAACGGGGAUCUUCCAAAAUGGAGCCGAUUUCUCUACAACUAAAGUACAAGAAGGUAUAUGUCGAACCAACUGUAUUGAUUGUCUUGAUAGAACUAACGCGGCUCAAUUUGUCAUUGGCAAAAGAGCAUUGGGUGUUCAACUGAAGGAACUGGGGGUUGUAGACAACAGUUAUCUGGAAUACGACUCGGAUAUUGUCAAUAUUCUCACUGAAUUGUUCCACGACUUAGGUGACACGAUAGCACUACAAUAUGGUGGAUCUCAUCUGGUGAAUACUAUGGAGACAUAUCGGAAAAUUAACCAGUGGAGCUCACAUUCUAGAGAUAUGAUCGAGAGUAUCAAGAGAUUUUACAGCAAUUCAUUCGUAGAUGCACAGAGGCAGGAUGCUAUUAAUCUGUUUUUGGGCCACUACGUUUGGCAAGAAGGGUAUCCGACACUAUGGGAGAUGAAUACGGAUGUUUAUCUGCACAACGAGUACGUGAUCAGUGGCGCCAAGAGAAGUUAUACACAUUGGUGGAACGAUUAUCAUAUCAAGAGCCUUAGAUCUCUUUUAAAGGAAGAAUUCAUUGAUCAAAAUAACGAUUUAACUUUGAAAGAUGUAGUUCGUAACAUCAGAGGAUACCCAGGUGCAUUUGACAAUUAUUGGAACGAAUACUAUCUACCGCGGUCAGUCACAUGGAUGCAGGAUCUAUUUGUAUAUAACAUGAAUUCGACCAGAAGAUACCAUACGAUGAGGAAAGAUGGCAAUGAAUUAUCACCAUUUACCUCUCGUAAGCAAACGGGGAUCAAUAGAAGACUGAGAGCUAUCAUUGAAGAAAAUGAAAAGAAGAAAGAGCCAGACGAAGAAACGAUUCCUCGAGAGGCAAAUUGCCAAGGAACUGAUGAAUUAAAAAUAUCAAAUUUCAAUCUACAACUAAUGUAUCACUACAGUACGAACUUGAGGAGAAAACUAAGAUUUACCUAUGAUAACAAAGUACCGGUAUUAUCGCGGGAUUUCAUAGAGAAACACAUUGGUGAUCCCGUAAUAAUGGAUGAGAAGGUUAGCGAUUGUGUCGUGAAUGAAGUUCCUGACGACAGCAAAGAAACAUCGAUCGUUGAAGAUCUAACGAAACGUUAUUACAACAAUUUAUCAGUCGAUACCAAUUAUUACAAGAAUGUCAUGCAAGUUGACAAUUAUUCACCCUUGGAAAAUCCUAAUCUACAAGCAGGGAUUUCGGACCCUGCAUUAAAUUACACAGAUAUGAAAAUAUACGACAAUUAUGCAAAUGGUUCAAAUAAGCAAUUGCUGUUCUUUUAA